AUGAGAAUUGUCUACAAGAUCAAAGAACGAAGGAAAUACGAGAAUCCUCCUCCACCCCCUCCACCUAGAAGAUCUAUCCGUGGACCUCAAUCCGCCUUGACCGAUUUCCUUGCAUCUCAUAAUAUCAGUGCGAACCAAAUCCGUCAAGAUGCAAAUGCGCGUCGAGCUGCUGCACUCGCCUCACAACAAACCACUGAAGGAGACGAAAAUGAAGAUGAAUCGACAUCUGCUGCACCAGAAAUGGCUACACUCACCCGUUCCCGCCGAAAUGAGAGUGAAGGACAAAAGAAUAAGAGAAAGAAGGAUGAAGAGAAAGCAAUUGCCAAGAUCAAAGCCUCUAAAAGAUUUCAACGCCGAAAAGUAUAUGGAUCAGAUGAGGAUGUCUCCGACGAAGAUGAAGCUGCUCUUCGCUUGUUCAACGAAAGCAUGGCCCCUUUGCCAGAUCAAAUGGAGAAUUGUGAGGUUUGCGAGAAGAGAUUCACAGUCACAGCAUAUAGUCGAGCUGGUCCAGAUGGAGGUCUUCUUUGUCCGCAAUGUACAAAGGACUUGAACCAGGAAGAGGGACAAGUCAGGAAGAAACGAAAGACUCAAGCGGGUGCGCAGAGAAGAAAGAUUCAGAGCAAUCUUCUUGAUGCAAAAAAUGUCGACAUGGCCGAGGAUUUGGGAGAUCUACCGGAACCACUUAUGGAUAAAUUGUCUGCCAUACUCUCCAAGAGACGACUUUUGCGUUCCAAUACCUUGGACUUGUUCCUUCAGAAUGGCCGAGAAGUCGUCACCGUCUAUGAUGGAGCAUACUUGACCCCAGACGAUUAUAUACGAAUUUUCCAGGUCGUACCAACUAUCAAAUCCCUACGUAUUCGAUCCGGUGUCCAAUUCAAAGACAAAGUCAUGGAUCACCUUCUUGCAACUACUGUCAAACUCGAGCACCUCAGCCUAUCUGGCAGCAAUCUCAUCAGCGACGACUAUUGGAAUCGUUAUUUCACCGAGAAAGGUUCACAUCUUAAAUCUUUUAAGAUUUAUUACACAGAUGGUCAAUUUGGCGAUGAUCAAAUAGAUGUGAUCGCAAAGACUUGUCCAAAACUGACUCGUCUUAAAAUCUCCCACAAUCAAAAAGUUACCGACGCAGGUAUAUCUCACAUCUCCCGUAUCUCCACUCUUCAACACCUCGGACUCGAGAUCCAAAAGACCAAAAUCUCAACUCCUUAUGUUCAAAUCCUUGACAGCAUCGGACCUCAACUUCGCACUCUUUCCCUUGGCCGCGUCCACGAAAUAGAUGAUUCGAUUCUCAACGCUAUCCAUGACAACUGUCAAACCUUGAACAAAUUGCGCAUUACCGAUAACAGCGUCAUGACAGAUGCAGCCUUCGCACACCUAUUCACAAACUGGUUGAACCCACCCCUAUCCUUCAUCGACCUCUCCAAAAACCGCCACAUCGAUGCCGCCGUCCCCCGUGAUAAUCCCGACAACAUAGGUCUCUGCUCUCUAGGCUUCAAUGCCCUAAUGGCUCAUUCAGGUGCCACACUUCGCUACCUAGAUACCAAUUCCUGCCGUCAUAUCUCAUUACAAAGUUUCGAAAGUGCCUUCUCAGCUGAGAAAAUAUACCCGGAAUUGCAAGAAAUGAAUCUUUCUUUCUGUCAGGAAGUCGAUGAUUUCGUUGUAGUCAGUAUAUUUAGAACGUGUCCGAAAUUGAAGAAGUUGAUUAUAUUUGGUGAUUUCAAGGUGAAGGAUGUCAGGGUUCCGAAGGGAAGAAUUUUGAUUGGAAUGCCGAAUGCGAUGGGGAUGCAGAUUGAGGGGACUGGGGUGGAUGAGGGAGGUGCUGGGCAGAGUUCUUGGUGA